CUGUUCUGGCUCAUAAUGUCUUCAUUCAAUAUUUUUAAUAUAGCUGACUGGAAGUGCAGACAUGCUGGCUUGAUGGCUCUAUCAGCAAUUGGUGAAGGUUGCCACCAACAGAUGGAAGGAAUUCUGAAUGAAAUAGUUAACCUGGUUUUGCUUUUUCUUCAAGACCCUCACCCAAGAGUAAGGUAUGCCGCUUGUAAUGCAAUUGGUCAGAUGGCUACAGACUUUGCACCGGGUUUCCAGAAAAAAUUCCAUGAAAAGGUAAUUGCAGCUCUUCUACAGACCAUGGAAGACCAAGGCAACCAACGUGUUCAGGCUCACGCAGCUGCUGCUUUGAUCAAUUUUACAGAGGACUGUCCAAAAUCACUGCUUAUACCUUAUUUAGAUACCUUAGUGAAACAUCUGCAUUCCAUUAUGGUAUUAAAACUGCAGGAGCUGAUUGAAAAAGGCACUAAGUUGGUUUUGGAACAGGUUGUUACAUCCAUUGCUUCAGUUGCUGAUACAGCAGAGGAAAAGUUCGUCCCAUACUAUGAUUUAUUUAUGCCUUCCCUGAAACACAUAGUUGAGAAUGCUGUGCAAAAGGAACUUAGACUCUUGAGAGGAAAAACCAUAGAAUGUAUCAGUUUAAUUGGCCUUGCAGUAGGUAAAGAGAAG